ACCAAUUACCAACUACAGCAUACAGCAAUCGCAGAAGCUACCAUGGACAUGCUCCAGCUUAUCUCCUGCAUCCACAUAACAAUAGCCCUGCUCUUGUUCACUCAAGCAAAGAGCUCCACUGAGGCACCCAAGGAAACAACCACCGGUUGCAUUGCCGAUGAGAGGAUCGCCCUUCUCGCCUUGAGAGCAGGUCUUUCCGAUCCUUCAAACCUCUUAUCGUCAUGGAAUGGCGGGGACUGCUGCCGAUGGAAGGGCGUGCGGUGCAGCAAUAGCACCGGGCAUGUCGUCGAGCUUGAUCUCCAUGGCCCCGAUUGCAGCUACAACCUUGGUAGUGAACGGGUGCUAGGAGGAAUCAUAAGCUCCUCAUUGGUUGAUCUGCAUCACCUGCAGUAUCUCAACCUCAGCUGCAACUAUUUCCGAGGGGCAAAAAUACCCGAGUUCUUUGGUUCUCUCCGCAACUUGGAACAUCUCGACCUAUCCCUGUCCUACUUCAGCGGAAUGAUACCACCGCAGCUCGGUAAUCUCUCCAACCUGCGCUACUUCAUUCUUGAUUCCAUUGACAGUAGCAACUACGUAUACUCCACUGAUAUCACCUGGUUGUCAAGGUUAUCUUCCCUCGAGCAUCUAGACAUGAGCUCCGUGAACCUCGGUUCCAUUCAAAACUGGGUUCCAGUGCUGAACAUGCUUCCAUCCCUAAAAUUCCUUCGUCUAUUUAGGUGCCAGCUUAACAGCAGCCCCGAUUCUAUCCUGCAUCUUUUUUCGAAUAAGGAGCAUAGCCCCAGCCUCUGCAUCAAUAGAUGCACACGGCUUGCUUUAUUAAACAAAAUAUCUCAAGUCACAACCAAUUCAUCAUCACUUAUUACAACCACGGAAUAG